CGAUUAUGAGCACAUAGCCUCCUCCCCACACCACCUUUCGUUUCUUACAGGACACUGCGCCAUGUCUCUCGACCGCUCCCCUCCCGGUGCUGAGCACACCCCACUUCUGUCUCGCGCUACACGCAGCAGGAGUGUAUCCAAGGAACGUACUUUCUCCCCCACAGCGCGUAUCCUUCCCAUCGCUAUCGCAUGGCAACUUGCAAGCCUUCUUCCUGUUACAACAACGCUCGACGUCGUCCAGCGCAUUGUCUGUACCAUCUGGUAUAUACGCAACGAUCCGGACCAAAUUCCUGACACAGGCUCGAUUCCGGUGGAGCUCUGCAAGAAUCCAGCCGUCUCACAGAACCUCUCAGCUAUCAUCACGGUGGGCAGCCUUUUUAAUGGUAUAUGUGCUAUCCUGGGCUAUAGUGUUGUGACCCUUGUGUCGCAACGCAUUGGUCGCAAACCCGUCAUUCUAGUCCUACUCGCUCUGGGUGUCGUCACUAAUGUAUGUGUCGUGGUCGUGCGCUUCCUUCCGGCCACCCUCGCCAUCGUCUGUUUCACGCUUUGGGCGGUCCUAGGAGCGUUUGUGAAUCCAUUAGUUGUCUCGCUCGUGAUAAAUAUGUACGUCGUCGAUGUGGUCAACGCUGAGGACCGUACGACCGCUCUCAGUACGCUGCAUGGUGGUUUAGCCUUGGGCGCUGCAUUCUCGUUGACGGCAGGUGGACUGAUCACCACGCUCACACACCAGCCAAGCUAUGUGUACAUCAUUUCAAUUGUUCUUUUGGUUUUAUCAUCGGCAUACACCUUCUUCCUUCUUCCGGAGUCUUUCACUGUCGAGAAACGUUCUGAACUUGCUCGCGAACGGGAGCUCGCCCAACUUGCCUCUGCGUCAUCCAUGCUGUCCGCCGAAAAUCGUACGUUAAAGAUGCGCGUGAAUAUCAUCGGACAGGCAGCCGUAUCCCCUUUAGCUGCUCUCGCAGAGCCACUGCGUCAAUUCAAGCCAAUGAAACAGCUACAGUCUGGGAGAAGAAACUGGCGAUUGGUAUGGUGUGGGGUAUACGCGUUCGUUGAGAGCAUCGGAGACGGAUACGUCGCCACGGCCCUUAUAGUCUACCUCACUGGUGUAGCUGGCUACACUCCAGCCCAGAACGGCUACGCACUGACCAUGAUGCUUAUAUCUGGUGCAAUCGUCAUGGCCGCCGUCAUCCCGUUCAUCCUCACCUACCUACGCCCCUUCUAUGCGCGGCAUCUUCCCAAGAGAUUUGCAUCGCCCAUCGACGGUACCGCACGCUACGGAAGUGCCACCGAAGGCGAAAAUGCGACAGUAGCUGCAGUCUCAGGCGAUGACGUCACUGUUUCUGCAACGUCUGAUCGGCUCGACGUGCACCUCGUCAUGGCCUCCGCAUUCUUUGAUGCCCUCGGGUACGUUUCCUUUGCAGCCGCCCGUAGUCUACCAGGGCAUCUAGCUGCCAUCAUUGCGAUUGGAUUCGGCGCCGGCCGUGCGCCUGCAUUCCGCAGCCUGGUCGUGGCAUCCGUGGACCCGCUCAAGACCGGCGAGGCGCUCGCGGCUAUAGAGAUGGUGUCGCGCGUCGGCGGGUUCUUGUCGACGCUUGUGCUAGGGAGCAUUAGCACUGCGACAAUUUCGACUGUGCCCCAGACUGUGUUCUAUGUGCACGCGGCAAUUGGCGUGCUAGCUGCUUCAAUCCUCCUACUCAUUCGUGACCGAGACCGGUGGGUUACCCCGUCCGAAGGAGAGCAGUAAUUCGUCAAAUGGCACUUCAAACCCUACAUUCCUUUUUGCAGUCUUUACACAUAUCUAUCAUAAAAUAUCAUUAUUCUAGCCAUGUAGUUUAUCAAUUCUUAUAAGAUAUAUUGCUUUACG